UUGCAAAUAAUGCUCUAAUGAAUAUUUAAUUCCACUUCCGUAUUUUCCUUUCAGAAUCAUCUGCUUUCACAGUUUUACGUGAAACGUCGAAUUAAGAAAAGCAGUGUUUCUCCAGAAAGUAUCGAGAGUAAGAUUAAAUUGUUAAUUUAAUUUUUCAUAUGAUAGGAAUGAAAACUGGUCUGUAAGUGAUUUCACCCAACUUCUAAAGAUUAUGAAUUGAUUUAUCGAACUUUCUCUCAGAUCAUUUGCACGUCAACCAGCUGUUUGAAAAUUAUCAUCAUAAAUUUGUUCACAUCAGACUCAGAUUCCACUUCGUUUUUAUUGUAAAAGUGGUACAAGUUCAAUUAGGGUCGGAAAUCUUAAUUUUGUUGUCAACAGGACAUUAAUAGUCUUUAGAGAACUUGCUUAGAAGUACAUUUGUUUCACGUCAAAAGCAAGCAAUUUUGUCAACUGAAAGCAAUUACCAUAUCUACUUAAUUGUAAGCCAUAAACUUUCCAUGUGCCGUCGCUAACAGUGACAAAUAUUGUUUCCUUAACUUACUAUUACUAAGUAAAAUUUCUUUUUACCCUAAAUACCCAAGUUUUGUUUUUAACGCGUUUCAAUUAUUCAGCUUUGAAUUUAAGUUCUUCGCUUGAUACCCUGAUAAUAUAACAUUAAUGUGACUCCAAAAAAAAAACGAAAUUGCCAUUGGUGACCCCAUGACAUUCAACGUAUUAAACGAAUGUUUGCUAACGUUUCUUCCUGUGUUUGCGGUCAAAACUCUGAUUGAGACUUCGGAUGUUCGAAGACGAAAGAUGAAAGCUAAAUAAGUGGAUAUACCAGAGAAGGUGCACUUGCACUUGCUACAAGUUCACGGUGAAGUUAAACCGCAAAUGAAAGUAGACAUUCCAACCGUGCAAUCGAACCAUCGAACCGGUCUAAAUCGAAAGAUCCUACGAAACAUGUUUUCCCGCAGACAUAGCGGGAGAUAGCGUUUCGUUUAUCCGGCAAUGGCGAACAUAAUUAAUUCCACGGCAACUCUAAUAAGUGACGUUUACGAUUACUACCUCUGGACGUUGUCUCUUGCCGAUGAAAGAACGAGAGGAUGGCUCCUGGUCGAUUCGCCGAAACCUACUUUUAUAUACACAAUGUUGUAUUUACUUAUUGUAUGGGCAGGACCAAAAAUAAUGAAAAAUCGAAAAGCUUUUAAACUUACGUGGGCGCUCGUACCUUAUAAUCUUGCGAUGGCUCUUCUUAACGCGUACAUCGCGAUUCAGUUAUUUGUAGCCUCCACCAGGUUACGUUACAGUUAUGUGUGUCAACCUAUAAGGCAUGUAACUCGUCCAGACGAAUUGCAAAUCGCUAAUGCUGUCUGGUGGUACUACUUCAGUAAACUUCUGGAGUUCUGUGAUACAUUUUUCUUCAUCCUACGAAAGAAGGAUAAUCAAUUAAGCUUCCUUCAUGUUUAUCACCACUCCACCAUGUUUUCAUUGUGGUGGAUCGGAAUUAAAUGGGUACCGAGCGGGUCCACCUUCUUACCAGCAAUGGUGAAUAGCUUUAUUCACGUCCUUAUGUACUCGUACUACGGUCUAGCAGCGUUAGGUCCUUCCGUUACUAAAUAUCUCUGGUGGAAGAAAUAUUUGACGAUUCUUCAAUUGAUACAAUUCACCACUGCCUUGAUCCUGGGUAUCAAUGGAAUUCGAUCAGGUUGCGACUUCCCGCUUUGGAUGCAAUACGCUCUUGUCAUUUAUAUGGUCUCCUUCAUUGUUUUAUUCGGCAACUUCUAUGCCAAAGCGUAUAUCGCAAAGGGUAAAAAAGCGUACGCGGAAAGACAAUUAGAAAAAAUGAAAGCAGCCGCUCAAUUGAAAACGGAACUUACCGACGGAGCUGUGCGCAACGGAAAUGUUACAAAUGGACAUGCUAACGGAUACGCGAACGGUGUAUCCAAAAAGACUCAAUAAAAAGACAUAUUCCUAAAUUCUUUAUUAAAAUAUUAACGUCGCUCGAAUUGCAAGCUGUAUAAUUGUAAGGGAGAAAGCAAAGUCUUAUUUUUAAUCGGUAAGAUGUCCUGGAACCGGAAUUCAUUUGACUAAAGUUUUUAGUUCUUGCAAAUCGCUACGUUCACGAUAGGCGACGCUUUGUACGAUGUACCCGCCAAGUCAUAUUUACUCGUAAACCGAUAUUUCCUUGAAUUGUCGUACACUUAAAUGCAACAUUGGCUUCCUUUGAUUAAAGACCAGCGUAGGAAGAACUUCCCACCGUUUAAAGACAAAUGGUGGGUGGUUACUUUCUCUACGAUUACACUCCUAAUCAAGAAAAGCCUACAUUGCACCUACAUGUACAUACGACUUCAAACUUACCGGCCUGCAAUUUUUUUAACCCUUAGACCAGUAGCACAAAGUUCAACGGAUCGCUGGUCUGAGGUAUUGUAAAUAGAAAAUAGUCGAGUAUGUUAGCAGUUUAGUCGUUAGUAGGCGAAUUGUACAAGAUCCAAUGGAGUCGAGUACGAUAAUAUUGCAUAAGCGUGAAGUAAGCGAUCUUUUUGUGACCGACGAUUGAACUCUGCCUUGUAAAGAAAACAAAGAAAUAAUAAAACUAAUCGUCGACUCGGGAA